AAACACUCACAUCUUUGUACAUCCACCACGUGAAUGAAAAGUAAAAAGAAGCGAGCGAACCUUAAAAAACAAGAAUCAGAAUCAGAUCCUAUGAAACAGUGGAUCGAACAAGUACGAUGAUGAUGUUUGGGUUUCGAGUCUUAUCCGUUAUCGGAAUCGCUUUACUUCUUAUCUUUGAACAGAGAAUCUCAACCCCCGUUUGCAAUAAUCACGUUGAAGAAGCAGAAGCAGAAGCAGAUGAGUUGAAAGUCAUGAUGGUUGCUGACCUUCUUCUCUUAGGCUCUGAAGCUGGUUACGUUAAUCGCUUUUUCAGAGAUCAUUACAUGUCCAAAUUCUUUCGGAAAUCGUUUGAAAAUUUGAAGCCUGAUUUGCUUAUUGUCUUGGGAGACGUUUCUGCAAAAGGUUCGAAGUUAAUAAGAAGCAAAUGGGUGUCGGUACUCCAUCAGUUUUACCAAAUGUUGGGGCCCUUUGUUGAUCUUCCAUUCCAUGCAACUCUUGGUGAUAGGGAUAUUGGAGAAUGCAGUGAUCUUGAUGCGAAUAAAGUCAAUUGGAUUUCUCGCAAGUUACCGGGAUUGGAUCGUUCUGGCUGUGGUGCAUUUGAGAUUGGUAAUGUCAGUUUCGUUUCGCUGAAUUCUGUGGCCUUGCUUUGUGACAACAGUAGUUUGCGUUUUGAUGUUGAAAAAGUAAUAGAGAGGGAAAGUGUAGAACUUCGUGAGGAAACAGAAGCGGCAACAAAAACAAUGAAUCAUUCCACCCACUCUAGACACACAAAGUAUAACUUCUUCUGGAGGGAAAGCACCGUGUUAUCUGGGUCAGGCCCCGUCCUUCUUCUGCACUUACCUUUGGACCAAACAAGAAACGAGCGCUAUGCUGGCAUUGGUGCUUUUGAAAGAUCUUCUAGCUCCUUUAUAGAGCGGUUAAAUGUGGUGCCAAAAAACAGGGAGCGCGUUGGGACUGGCGUCUAUAAUUUACUUCACACUCUCCCACUGAAUGCUUCUGAGUACAUUUUACAAGCUCUGAGGCCAAGUAUGCUGCACUUGAAUGCUCUUGGGAGAAAUUAUACCCUUUUUUUCUUCAAGCUUGAAGUGAAACAGGUCCCUCAUUUUGGGACAGGAUUAUCUUCAGUGCUCACAGGUGCAUGUUUUCUGACCAUGUCCAUUUCGACAAAACUCGAGAGAUUAUUGUCCCAGCAAUGUCAUGGAAUGCAAGAGAUGACCCUGGAUUUGUAAUUGCCACUUUCCGAAAAAUGGGAAGAGAUGUGAGCAUAAGCUAUUGUUCUCUUGCCAGGGAAUCUCAUGUUCUUGUAGUUUAUGUUUCUAUAAUAGUUAUGUUUUGUUUGGCCUGUUUAAAAGGAUAACUAGGAAAAAGGAUAGCAGGGAUUAGAGAAUGCUUAGUAACACAUUAUUUUUCAUCAUCACCGUCUCUACCAAUUUUGAAGUCCAAGAAAACUUUUGUUUCUGACUCGAGAGUUUAGCUCGAGAAUGAUGUAAAAGCAGAAAACACAGGGCUCUUUCAGGUUGGAGUGUUAACAGCGCUGAUCGACCCAUUGAUCCAACCAAUCCGAGCUUUUCGGGUCGGUUUUGAAGAAAUAACAGGAUGACAUGAAUUGAUAUUUCAAUACAAUAUCGAGAAUUAAUUUGAUGGACAAAUGAUUGAUUUUAUCAAUGAUUUUCAACUUCAUAGAUUGCUUUGAAAUUUCAUCAGUUUCAGAGAUUGAUUUGUUCCAACUCUAUAAUUUUCAGGGAGUAAAAUGGUGAAUCUUUUGUUUAA